AUGAGCUCACCGGCGUGGUCUGUCUACGAGGGGGAUUGGGGCAGCUUCUGCGAUGAUGCCGACAACGUACCGCCAACGCUUUCGUUGAAAGGGUGUGGACUGCGUCAGAAGUGCCUGCUGCAGCGUGGUGCGCAGGGCGCGGUGUAUCUGGGUGAGGAUGCCGACGGAAACGUCUUUGUGGUAAAACGACUUUUCACCCAGCGUAGUGAAUUUGGUGUUCGAGGCGUUUCUGAGGGGUCGCUUCGGGAGGCUACGCUACUCACCUACAUUACUGAGAGGUCAAAGACACUUGGUCCCGAGCCUCUUUUUGGGGUUAUCCGUUUGGAAAGGAUUGUAGAGGCCCCAUUUCAAGAGUUGAGUCUCAUUUUGGAGAGGUGUGCGUUUAAUUUAUCGCGGAUGGUUUUUUAUAGUAGAAAAAGGGCGUAUAGCGCUGCUGGUCUCUUCCCAGAGACUCCUACUCGAUGCCCCAUUCUUGCCAAGAUGAAUGUUAUUCAAUAUCUUAUGCGGGGGAUUUUAAAAAUACUUCAGUUUCUUCAUGAAGAGUGCCAUAUUAUUCAUCGAGAUGUGAAGUUGGGCAACUUGCUUGUUGGGGAAGAUGGACGCGUACGUCUUGCAGACUUUGGAAGCGCUCGAUUUAUGCAUGAGCCGGUGGAGAAGAUGUCUGAUGCGAGAUCCGGGGAAUACACACCCAUAUCUCUUCGGACGACCGUGAUUUACCAAGCUCCUGAGUGCCUGCUGGGUGAGCGGUCCUACACGGCGGCGGUGGACAUGUGGGCAGCCGGGGUUGUGUUUGCAGAAUUACUUUUGCAGCAGCAUCUUUUUCACAGCUGCAGCGAGCUGGGGAUGCUCUCUGACAUUUGGAAACUUCUUGGCACUCCAUCGGAUGAUCCAUCGGUUUGCAGCGGCGAGGGGGCUGUUACAUACGCCGUGCGCACAGAAUCGACCAUUGAACGGAAGUUUCCCGAAAGAAUUGUUUCCGCAGAAGGCCUAGACCUGCUUAAACGCAUGCUUGAGACCAACCCGAAGAAACGCAUCACCGACUCGGAGGCCCUUCGUCACCCCUUUCUCUGCGGUCCCGCGGUUGAGUCGGGUAUGGAGGAGGCCCGACGGUUGUGGAAUAAGAAAGUGGAGGCCUGCAUGCAGGAGACGGUGGCACAGCCAGCUGCAAUGGGAAUGCGUUCGUUUUAUGUGGACAAUGUUGAGUUCGAUGAGGAGAGUGGCGAGAAUGAUGAUGACGAUGGUGAGAUUGCAACGUUGCCAACAUGUCUUGAUUGUUUUCCACACAUUUUGUCCGACGUUAACGGCAGACAUGAUAUUUGA